AUGGCCUACGCUCCACCCUACGGUGACCCCUACGCUCGCCCUCCCUACGAGCGCGGUUCGUACGGCGCACCACCACCGCUCAUCCGACCUCCCGCCAUCCCCCCGCCGCCAUUGCCCCCAGGCUGGAGGCAGGAGUGGGAGCCCAGUGUGCGCCGCGCCUUCUGGGUGGAGGAGGCCACCGGCCGCUCGCAAUGGGAGCCGCCCUAUGUUGAGCCCGCGUAUGCAUAUGAAAACCGAGGUCCUCCGGGAGAGUAUUACGCCGCGCCGCCUGGCCCCCCGCCCGUUGUGUAUGAGGAACGUACCGAAUACGUCGAAGAGAAGAAGAGCAGCAAUGCUGGGAAGUAUUUGGCGGGUGGUGUUGCGGGUUUGGCGGUUGGUGGUCUUGCCGGCGCUUUUCUGGAACACGAAUAUGGUUAG